AUGUCUUUCGACGAAUCUAUUAUUGAGGGAUUUAUUUGCCCAGGCUGUAUGGUAUCGUUCCGAACGGCCGAAGUCUUGCGUGUGCACUUUGAAGCAGAGCAUAAAUCGGACACUACCGGUCCUUUUAUGAACAGACUCGCUUUGAGAAGCAACCACUUGGUAAGCGUUUUUCAUACGACAGUAGAUCGGAUAGGUCAGUCCAAAUCGUUGACUUCGGAGUUUCACAAACUACGGAGGUCCCGUGUCAAUAGGGAUGCACUUGAGACCAACAGCCUACUUAUCCGACUAGAAAAGCUGAUUAACGCCCCACCUAUGUCUAAGAUACAAAGAAGAGGUAAGCAAUUUGUGGACUUCAAUACAUAUUUGUUUCUAUUUUCAGAAUUUGAACAAUCCGUUAUUUCGUGGAUUGAUGCGACGAAGGUAGAUCUUUGUCCAUCUUGUGGAAAGACUUUCGGGUUGGGUUUAGAAGAAGCCUAUCCCGUUGAUGAAUCCGCUCAUAAUCCACCCCGAUCUGCCAGUCAAAUCGGUAUUAACCCAUUGACGACCGUUGCUCAGCGCAGCAAGCUCACAAUAACUCGCAUUACUAAUGCCAUUUUGGAUUACAACCCCAUCUACCGUCGCCGACAUCACUGCCGGCUUUGUGGACAUGUGCUGUGCGCUGAUUGCAGCUAUUUUCUUCCCAGAAUCAGUGCUGUCCGACUUCUCGAAACUAUCGGUACUCACCAACUUGGUGUUUCUGAAUUUACAAACAAAGUGGGUUCGGAACCGUCUUCUCAAAUGAUUGAGUCGUCCAACCUGACACCCGUGUCUUCAUUGGGUUCGAAGGUUAUUUUCUUGUCUUCCACUGACUACCCUGUUCCAGUUCUAGAUAUAGAGCGGGCUGAUUCUACGUUUCACUGUUUGCGACUCUGUGCUGUCUGCAAGGACCUUUUGCAAAAGAAGCUGGACCGCCUGCAGUUUCGUCAGUGUGCUUCACCAGUUGCUUCACUUCACUCAGAGCUACGCGAACACAUGCGGAAAGUCAACGAUUCUCUUCCCUUAUAUUCGGCCGUCGCCGAAAGUUUACAUUCCGGUGAACAACGCUAUGCCCUCGAUAUGGCCAAGUCUAUGCGUCACGAGCUGUUGGAAUCGUUACAACAAAUCGAUUUUAUCCGCCGCCGAUUAGACGAGAUGGCUUCUAAGGUGGCUCCUGAUCGUGACCCACGUUCUCCAAGUGACGCCUCCAAGCCUCAAACCAAUUUGGCCAUGAUACGGUUACUUCGCACACUCAGUAAGAUGGCUUGCCAAUUUUUGCAAACGAAUUUGCCCCCACUGAGAGCUCUCCCGACUUUGCAGCAAUACGGAUCUUUGACGGCGCAGCGACAAGAUGAACUGGCGGCUCGGUGGGCCGAAGAGGAGCAAGCGUUGGCUCAGCUGGAACUACGUGUUGCCAAAGCUGCGAAGUCAUCCGCACCGCUUGCCUCUGAUGGUCCAACAUCGAAAUUCAAUAGCGCUGAUGCUAUCGACAGUCUGGCUAAACUGGCUUCGUCUAUCGAUGACGUUUCAGGUCAACUAAUCCGUGCACGAAAUAGUGGUGAUACGAAUAAAAUUCAGAAAUUGCUCAAGGAAUUAGAGAGACUUGAAACGAACUUUCAAACGAUGAGCAGUUUAUUGCAAAAGCAACAGUUAUAGUCAUUCGAGCCGUGAUAUUUCAUCUUUGUGCAAUGCUCCUCACUUAUAUGUUGCUUUCUGAUAAAUUUCUUUGAUAAAUUCUGUCG